UCAGCGAGUGAAAAGAAAGAAAUUUUAUAGAGAGAGGCCCGGCUAUAAAAGAAAAACCAACAUGGAGCCCUAGCGCUGGUAAAGACUCUAACUGCUGCUCUUCUUCUUUCCAGGGUUUUCGCAGGACCGCCAGGGUUUUCGUAGGGCUGCCAAAAUGGUGAAUGUUCCCAAGACAAAGAAGACUUACUGUAAGAGCAAGGAGUGCAGAAAGCACACUUUGCAUAAGGUGACACAGUACAAGAAAGGGAAGGAUAGCCUUGCUGCACAAGGGAAGCGUCGUUAUGAUCGCAAACAAUCAGGUUAUGGAGGCCAGACAAAGCCUGUUUUCCACAAGAAGGCCAAGACUACCAAGAAGAUUGUUUUGAGGUUGCAGUGUCAAGGCUGCAAGCAUGUAUCUCAGCAUCCAAUCAAGAGAUGCAAGCAUUUUGAAAUCGGUGGAGACAAGAAGGGAAAGGGUACAUCUCUUUUCUAAAUGCAGAUCUACAUCCAAUUUUUUGCAUGUUUCCUACUUCUAAAGCCUUGUGCUUGAGCUGGAUCAAAUCUACAACAUUUCUUGUCUUUAUGUUAGUUUCUUUUGUCUUUAUGGUAGUGUAAUUGAUGAUCAAUAGCAAUCAUGUUUUUUGUCAAGGGUGAACAAGCAAUUUUAAUUUAGUUUUGAAUGCAUUUUUAUUUGAACCA